CGACUGGAGAAGAAGCAAGACUGUGGGAGCAGAGACGACAAGACAGUGAAGCGAGAACAACCAGCAGAGGCAUCCGAAGUGAAGGUCGGGACCGACCGACUGGAGGGGGAAGGAGAUACUGCUGGAAGAAUGGGGAGCAGAAGGAGUGAGUCAUGGGGGAGACAUGACAGAUAUAGGGAGCAUGAUGGUAGGGGAUGGGAUAAUGGAGAGGAUAGGCGGGAACGACGACGAGAGUAUGAGAGACGGCAUGAUGAGGGCCGAGGAUUUUCGGCGGACGGGAGGAGCGAAGGACCACGACCAGUAAAAUGCUAUGAAUGCGGAGAGGUGGGACAUUAUAAAAGUUUGUGUCCUAGAUUACACGGGCGGGAUGGAAAAAGUGGGGGAACUCUUUCUCUGAGUAGAGAGCUUGAGGAGUCACUGAGUUCGGUGGGAAAAAUGGCUAAAGAGUUGUUGGAUCAACAGCGAGAGGCAAAAGCAGUUAGGCGGGAAGCCGAGGCUAGGCUGAAGAAAGAAGAAGAGGAGAAGGCUCAAAAAGAGGAGGAAGCAAGAGUGGCAUUGGCAAAAGAGGAGAAGGAAAGAAAGAGGAAUUGGGAGUUGAGAAAAAUCCUAGCCGAGCAAGCUGAGGAGUAUAGGCUGAAAGUGGAAAAGUUAGUAGGGCUCAGUAGGAAGUUGAAAGGAGUUUCAAUCGGAGCCAAAACGAAAGGUAAAGCGGCUGCGAAGACACCGUCGAGCUCAGAAGAUACCGAAGAUGACGAGAAUGAGGAAGAAGCAACUCCGUUGAAAGAUAAAAGGAAACGUCGAGAGUCCACGAGGGUGGCGGUGAACAGCCCGUCAGUCGAAACACCGAAGAAGCAAGGGAAACAAGAAGGGGUCGACACCCCGACAAGUCAGUGACGUAAGGGGAGAGGGAGACCGACGAAAGCGGACGGCCAGGCGGCGAGGAUGGCAAAAGGGGAAGACUCAUGGGAAGGUGUACCUAUGGGAGAGAAGUUUGCAACCGAAGCAGCGUAUCGAAAGGCGGUACGGAAGGCAAUCAACUCGUUCUAUCCUGAUACUCUGAAGAUGAUGUGUAAAGGGGCGGGGCUGCCUUUCUACGGAGUAAACGAUGCCAUCGAUA